UUAAUACAAUUUAUAAUAAAGUGUUAAAUUUAAAUUGCCACAAAACAAAAAGUAAAAUAUUAACAAAAAUAUAAAAUAAAUAAAAUGUAUAGAAUUGUUAAAGAAUUUAUAAAAAAUUUAAAAUGACGCAACGUGGUUAUAAAAGAAGGCGUAAGGGGUAAAUGCCGAUUCCAAAAAGAAGAAAGUUAAUAAAAAUCGGCUAAAACCCUAAAAAACAGCUAAAAUUCUCUAUGUAACCAAAAACAAAAAACAAAUGAAAAUAAAUUUACAAUGAAAAUAAUUCUAAAAUUUAAAAAAAAUCAAAAUAUACCAAAUUCGUUAUAUAAAUAUCGCAUAAAAAUAUAAAACAAAAAGAAACGAACCAAAAAAAGGAAGACGCAAUUUUUAUCUUGGUGACAUUGUAUAAUUGAAUAAAAAUUCUUACACAUAAAAAGAUACGAAAAAAAGGUUUUGAAAAACCAACCAACUCAGCAAAUCGUCAACCACCACAACAAAAACAACAAGAAAGAAAAAAAGAGCGACAACGAUAACACCAACAAAAAUAACUACUACGACGAAAGCAACAACAAAAACAAAUACCACAAAUAACACCAAAAGAAACACAAGGAUAUUUAAGGAUAAAAUAAAAGAAAAAGGCUAAAGAAGAAACAGCAAAAUAAAAAAUAUAACCGAAAAAGAACAAAUUAUACAUUUUCUAAAACACCCACACAUCUGUAUACGCAGCCGUUGAAGUUUCAUUGAAUACAAACACACAUACUCAAUUAAACACACUCACACACUCUGCUACAACUACAUACACGUACAAACUAACAACAGUUUUUAGUAGACUACAAGAAAGAUCCUCUAGGAAUACAUUUAUGUACACGAAUAAAAAUUUGUUGGUGAUUUUGUAUUGUAAAACUAAAACAAGACGUUUUAUGAAAAACGUCCUUCUAGCCAUAGACAAACAUCAAAAACCCAUUUAAGCUCGCUAAAAGGAUAAUGUUUAAAACAUUUGUUUUAGUCAUAUUUGUGCGUUUGGUUCUUGGUGAUGAUGGCGAACCCCAUACUCCUAUGCAUGGUUUUAAUUCAAAAAUAAAAUUUGGUUCAAUAGUUAAAUACCCCAAAUAUCCGAAACACGUACUAGGUCCUACGGUUUAUUCGAAAGAGCAUGUCGUGGCUCACAAUCCCCAACAGCACCACCAAUUACGAACUGCUGGUGGUGGUGGAAAUAAUGGAGGGAGUUCUGGUAAUGCGGCCGGUGGUGGUGGUAGUGUAGGGGCCAAACAUAAUAAGUUAAAUAUGAAACAAAUUAUUAAACAACAAAUGCAUCACAUAAAGGAAUACGAUGAUUUGGAUAUAAAUGUUGAACACGAUUAUGAGGACUAUCAUAUACAUCCUUCAUAUGGACCACCCCAUGAUAUCGACGAAGAUAUGUACGAACCAAUAUCGCCACAAUUUACACCGGAUGUGGGCAAUGGCUUGAAAGUGGGUAAAAUAGUUGUACCAGGUUCGCGUAGUGGUGGCGGUAGUCGUACUGAUCUCUAUGGUGUGCGCGAUGGUACAGUGAGUCGUGGUCUCGAAAUGUCUCGUGGUCGAGAUGGUUUUAUGAAUUUGUUACAUGUUAAGAAUAAGGUUUUUCGCCCACAUAUAAAUCACAUUACUCUGUAUGAUCGCGAACAAGAUCGUUUGAGUCAAAGUGAUUCGUUUAGUAAUCAUUGUCAGAAUAUGUGUGGUGAAAUGCAAUUGCAGUGCCAAACGAAAUGCAAUUGUAUACCAAUAGGUGAACGUUGUGAUAAAGUUCCUCAGUGUGAAGAUGGUUCCGACGAAUGGGAUUGCGAUGCUGUCGAUGAGAUGGUGACAAAACUAACGAGAGAAUGUGAACAGACAGGUUUGCAUAUUAUGUGUCCAAAAACAUUUCGUUGUAUUAAUAAAGAUUGGCUGUGUGAUGGCGAUGAUGAUUGUGGUGAUUACUCUGAUGAAACGCAGUGUGGUGAAAGGGUGGAUUGUUUGGAUGAUCAAUUUGAGUGCGGCAAUGGAUUUUGUAUACCCAAACUUUGGGUGUGUGAUGGUGAAAAUGAUUGCAAGGACUUUACUGACGAAGGUCAUUGUAAUCGCACCAGAUGUUCCAGUGAACACUUUUCUUGUAAUGAUGGUUACUGCAUUUCCAUAGCGUUUCGUUGUGAUGGCGAACAAGAUUGCAGCGACAAUUCUGAUGAAAUUAAAUGUCCCGCUGUUAUUAAUAGUUGCCCAGAAGGUGAAUUUAAGUGUCGUGGUGGUCUAGGUGGUGCAGGUGGUCCUGGAGGUAGAUGUAUAUUAUCACGCUUCCGCUGUGAUGGCGAUAAUGACUGUGGUGACUGGAGUGAUGAAGAGAAUUGUCCACAGAAACCUUCUCAAUGUACAUCCAGUGAAUUUAAAUGUGCCGAUGGUACUUGUAUUCCUAUGCGCUGGAAAUGCGAUAAAGAACAAGAUUGUGAUGGAGGUGAAGAUGAAAAUGAAUGUGGCAAUAUGAAUUCUGCUGUCUCUAAUACAUGUGGUGCAGAUGAGUUUACUUGCAACAAUGGACGUUGUAUUUUGCGUACCUGGCUUUGUGAUGGUUAUCCCGACUGUUCUUCAGCUGAGGAUGAAGUCGAUUGUCAUUUGCAAUGUGAUCCGGGUCAAUUUCUUUGUCCGGCUAAAAAGAAUAUCACCAACUUGAAAAUAUGCGUUCAUCAAAAGCAUGUUUGCGAUGGACAAAACGACUGUCCUCUGGGUGAGGAUGAGAUCAAUUGUCCACAUUAUCGUGAAUGUGAGCCAGGCAGUAAAUGUGAACAAUUGUGUGUAACCAGCCCUAGAGGUCGGGAAGAAUGUGCUUGUCGUUUGGGUUUCCUUAUGAAUUCUAAUAAGAAAAAUUGUACCGACAUUGAUGAGUGCCAGUAUUUAACUAAUCCUGUAUGCUCUCAGAAAUGUCAAAAUACCCAUGGCUCAUUCAUUUGUUCUUGCGAGAGCGGUUAUGUUUUGCGUCCCGACUUACGUACUUGUAAAGCCUUAGGUGGCGCCAUGACUUUGCUUGUAGCUAAUCGCUGGGAUAUCAGACGUGUAACAUUACGCAAUAAUCGUUAUGCCGCUGUUGUUAAGGGUCUACAUAACGCCAUCGCUCUAGAUUAUCACUAUAAGAAAGGUUUAUUAUUUUGGUCCGAUAUUUCAACAGAUGUUAUUAAAAUGGUUUAUAUUAAUGGUACGCGUGUAAGGGAUUUAAUUAAAUGGGGUCUAGAGUCUCCCGGUGGUAUAGCAGUAGACUGGAUACACGACUUAUUAUUCUGGACUGAUUCGGGCACUAGAAGAAUUGAGGUUUCUAACUUUGAUGGCACCUUAAGGUCUGUGAUUGUGGCCAAUGAUUUAGAUAAACCGCGUGCUAUUGUUGUGCAUCCAGGAGAGGCUAUGGUAUUUUGGACGGACUGGGGUCCUAAUCCAAAAAUAGAACGAGCUUAUAUGGAUGGUUCCCAAAGGCAGGUUAUUAUUUCUAAAGGAGUGACUUGGCCCAAUGGCCUCACGAUCGAUUAUCCCAGCCACAAACUCUAUUGGGCUGAUGCCAAACAACAUGCUAUAGAAUGUUCCAAUUUGGAUGGUUCUAAUCGGGCGAAAAUUCUUAGUACACAUCUACCUCAUCCCUUUGCUAUGACCAUUUUCGAAGACACAAUGUACUGGACAGAUUGGAAUACCAAAACCGUAUCGGCAGCUAAUAAAAUAACUGGUAAAGGUUUCAGUUCAAUACACGAAAAUUUCCAUUUUCCCAUGGACAUUCAUGCCUACCAUCCAGCUCGUCAGCCUGAAUAUGAAGAUCAUUGUCAGAAAGAUAGGCGUGGCCUCAGAGGAGGAUGUUCUCAUUUGUGUCUUCCUAAUAAAAAUUCCAGACGUUGUGGUUGUCCCAUAGGUUUAACCCUAAAAGAAGAUGGCAAGAGUUGUAAAAGUGCUCCAGAUGAAUUGAUUUUGGUAGCCCGACGAAAGGAUAUACGUUUAAGGCAAUUGAUUGGUAAACCCUCUUCCUCGGCAGACGUCGAUAUGAUUAUACCAUUGGAUAACUUAAAACAUGCAGUGGCACUGGAUUGGUCAAGUGACACAGAUACUAUAUAUUGGACAGAUGUCGAAAGAAGUACUAUCAAUAAGGCCCAUCUCAAUGGCAGCUUUCAACAGAAGGUUAUACACUCGAAUCUAGUGGGUCCAGCGGGUUUGGCUUAUGACUGGCUAACCGAUAAACUUUACUGGACAGACCAAAUUACAUAUCGCAUCGAAGCUGCCACCACAAAUGGUAAAAUGCGCACUUUAUUGGUGUGGGAAAAUCUGGAAAAGCCUAGAGAUAUUGUUGUCAAUCCUAUGGAUGGUGUGAUGUAUUGGACAGACUGGGGUAAUCCAGCCAUGAUAGAGACGGCUCAUAUGGAUGGUAAAAAUCGUAAAGUAGUUCUAUCGACCAAUAUCAAAUGGCCGAAUGGCUUGGCCAUAGACUAUGAGCAACAGAAACUGUAUUUUGUGGAUGGUGGCACUAAAUCUUUGGAAAAUAUAAAUUUCGAUGGUUCCGGUCGUAAAGUGUUAGUGGAUGACUUAUCUCAUCCCUUUGGCUUGGAUGUUAGCGGUUCUCGUGUCUACUGGACCGACUGGGACACCAAAUCUGUAUCCAGUGCUGACAAAAUGACUGGCAAAGACAUAACCACCGUUAUAGCCAAUACCAGUGACCUAAUGGAUAUCACCAUUUUUCACCGAUCACGUCGAAGGAUACGAAAUGCUUGUGACAGUGCUAAUGGUGGCUGCUCGCAUUUAUGUCUGCUCAAUCCUUCAGGAUAUACGUGCGCUUGUCCCGUUGGAGUCGCCAUUAAGGAAGAUGGUCACACUUGUUCUUCUGGACCCAGUUCGUAUAUACUCUUUGCUCAUCGAGUGGAUAUUAGACAAAUAUCUUUGGAUUUUGAUCAUUUGGUGGAUGUGGUUUUACCUUUGCCAUCAAUUUCCAAUGCUGUUGCUUUGGAUGUCGAUAGAAAAACGGGCGUUAUCUAUUGGUCGGAUACUGUCGAAGAUGUUAUUAUGCGUUCUACACCAGAUGGUUUAAAUGUUAGUCGUGUUAUUUAUGAGACGAUUGAUAAUCCCGAUGGUUUGGUUAUAGAUUCAGUGGGUAGAAUGAUUUAUUGGGCUGAUGCUGGUCGUCACACAAUUGAGGUCUCUACAUUAGAUGGCAAACAUCGUCAUCUUAUAGCCUGGAAAGAUUUAGAGGCUCCUCGUGGUUUGGCUUUGGACUACGAAGCUGGUUUCCUUUUCUGGACUGAUUGGGGACAUUAUCGCAAAAUCGAACGCGCUCAUAUGGAUGGUGAAAAUCGCCAACGUAUUGUUACCUCUAAUUUGGGUUGGCCAAAUGGAUUAUCUUUGGAUCUGAAAACAAAACGCAUUUAUUGGGUUGAUGCCCAGUUGAAAACUAUCGACUCUUGUGAUUAUACUGGCAAUCAUCGUAAAUUAAUUAUGGCUUAUUUGCAACAUCCCUAUGCAUUGGCUUUAACCGAUAAUUAUAUCUAUUGGACAGAUUGGAAAUCUAAAGCUUUACAUAUGACUGAUCGCAGUAAUGUUACCGAUCGAAGAGAUGUCAUGACCAAUAUCGAUGGUUUAAUGGACAUUAAAGUUAUUUCUACUAACACGUCGUUACCUGAAAAUGUUUGUGGCCUCAAUAAUGGAGGCUGUUCGCAACUAUGUCUACGCAAUCCGUCCGGUUUUUCGUGCAAAUGUUCCAUAGGCCUAAAGUUGAGAAAUGGUAGUUUAACGGAAUGUGAAUAUUUACCUGAAGAUUAUCUAUUGAUUGCUUUGCGUUCGGGCAUUGGUAUGAUUUCUCUGAAUACUCCUGAUCUUAUGGAUGUGGUAUUACCUGUAAAAGAGGUACAUGGUGCCGUUGUCUUGGACUACCAUUAUCGCAAACAUUGGCUUUAUGUGGCUGAUGUUAAUUUGGAUGUUAUAAGACGUAUAAAUUUAUUAAAUUUGGCCGACAGCAAAGAUAUUGUAACGAAUCUCUUAACACCUAAUGGCUUGGCGGUAGAUUGGAUAGCAGACAAUUUGUAUUGGUCCGAUUCAGAUCACAAGGUUAUAGAGGUAGCACGUUUAGAUGGUUCCUGCCGCAAGCAACUCAUAACAGAUGAUUUGGGAGAUCCACGUUCUUUAAUAGUACAUCCUAAAAAAGGCUAUUUGUUUUGGGCCGACUGGGAGACACCCUCCAGAAUUGAACGUAGUUUACUAGAUGGCUCUAAUCGCACUGUUAUAGUCAGCAAUAAUCUGGGCUUUCCUACGGGCUUAACAUUGGACUUUGAAAAUCGGCGUUUAUUGUGGGCGGAUGCUUUAGAGGAUAAUAUUGGUCAAGUUGACUUUAAUGGCAAACGUCGUACUGUUUUAGUAGCAUUUGCGCCACAUCCCUUUGGCUUGACUAUGUUUGAAAACAACAUCUAUUGGACUGAUUGGUAUAAUAAAUCAGUUUUUCGUGCUUAUCGCAAAGGCUCUAUGGGUUCAAAAUAUUCUCAACCGGUUGAAAUACGAGAUGCUCUCAGUGGUGCUCUGGAUAUUAGAGCUGUUUCACGUAAACGACAAUCUGAAGAUUGGAAUCAAUGCUCUCAAGAUAAUGGCGGUUGUACACAUUUGUGUCUUUAUCGUGGCUCUAAUUAUACCUGUGCUUGUCCGGAUCGCCCCGAUGGUAGGGAAUGUUUAACCAUACCACGCUACUAUAUACCAAGAAGAGGCGGUGACCCCAUAGUCGAUGAUUUGGAUGAGGUAACGGAAACGGAUAAUGCACUCAGCAAUGAUGAUUUCGAAGAAGAUUUUCGUGUGGCCGAUCCAUUAUUGGACAUGAAGUUAAUUAUUGUUAUAGCAACAAUUAUAGCAUUGAUAUUCUUAUUCGUAAUGAUAGCAUUGGUUAUAUAUAUGAUAACACCCGCUAAACAUCCGAAACCCAAAAGACACUCUAGAGGCUCCAGUCGUUCGGUGUUGACAUUUUCCAAUCCCAACUAUAAUGUCGAUGGCACACCCAUGGAACCUAAAACCACAAUAUGGAAACGCUUUAAAAACGAUAGAUCACAUGAACGUGUUUAUGAAGAGCGCAGUUUAACAACGGAAACCGCUUCCUCCAGUCUAUUUGUACCAACACCCUCACCUUCGGCCUCGCCCUCUGUCAAUAAGAUACAAUUGUCUACUUUAUCAACAAUAACGUAAACAAAUUUUUAAAGUAAAAAUUAAUACAUACACAAUUAAAAACUUGCGAAUUGUUAUAUGGAAUUCAAAAUAGUAUUUAUGUAUAUGGAUCUCAUAUCAUAAUUUUUUUUUUUUAACUAAAUUUUAUUUUUUAAAGUAUAGAUUUAAAACUCAAACUUUUAAACGUCUUCUUUCAUGAAAUGACAGUAUUUAAAAUUGUUCUUAUUAAUUUAAAUUAAAGAGUUUCGUAAAUUUUAUUUUUUCUUUUAAGAAAAAACAUUUUUUAAAUUAUUUCAAAAUAGAUUAUAGAACUGUCUUCUUAUCACUUUAAAUGUUAGACUUUAAAGUUCUAUACUUUUUUUCAUAA